UGUGCGUAGAACCUGCCCACAACGACAACAACCGCCGACAACAUACAUCCCAAGGGAGUAUCCUAGAGCAGCGCUCUUCCUUUCGCUGGAUAUUUUCGUGACAGAAGAGCAGGAUGUCCUCCACCGAGCCAGUCGUCGUCAUUGACGGCAAGGGACACCUUCUUGGUCGUCUGGCCAGCACUGUCGCUAAGCAGUUGCUCAAUGGCCAGAAGAUCGUCGUCGUGAGGUGUGAAGCCCUCAACAUCUCCGGCGAGUUCUUCCGCGCGAAGCUCAAGUACCACGCCUACCUUCGCAAGAUGACCCGUUUCAACCCUACCCGCGGUGGUCCCUUCCACUUCCGUGCUCCCUCUCGCAUCUUCUACAAGGCCGUCCGCGGAAUGAUUCCCCACAAGACCGCCCGUGGUGCUGCUGCCAUGGAGCGCCUGAAGGUCUUCGAGGGUGUUCCUCCUCCCUAUGACAAGAAGAAGCGUGUCGUUGUUCCCCAGGCUCUCCGUGUCCUCCGUCUCCGCCCCGGCCGCAAGUACUGCACCGUCGGCCGUCUCAGCCACGAGGUUGGCUGGAAGUACCAGGACGUUGUCGCCAGACUCGAGGAGCGCAGAAAGGUCAAGAGCAGUGCAUACUACGAGCGCAAGAAGGCCGCUCGCCGCCAACUCGUCCAGGCCCAGAAGUCGGCGGGUGUCAGCGACCAGACCAAGAGCCAGCUUGCUCAGUACGGAUAUUAGAUACCUCGUUGCGCGGCUGGUUGCUUGUGUCUUUGAUGGGAUGGGUUGGGAUCGCGAACGGUUUUCUUUCAGCGAGAUUGUUUGGACGGCGAACCGAUCGACCUUGUUCUCACUGUCCCUACCUUAUCAUGAAUAUUCCACAAUGAUCAUGUUGUGACGCACAUGGAGGCUGGAAAGACCGAUUUCUUAUUAUAAAAAAUAACGGAGUCGCUUGGGAUGAAAGGUUGUUCAAAAUAGCCGACCUUUAUUUCGCGCCGUGGCGGUUUAAUCCAAAGAAUUUUUCCUUCCGAGUUAAGAAUGACUCUACGACCGGUUACUUAUCAAAAA